UCUGUAUAACAAAAGCAUCAUUUCUUCAUCCAUCAGAUGCACUAGCUGUUGUCAUAGAAGUUGCAAACCAUGCCAAUGACAUCAUGAAGCAGGGAGAUAACUUUCAAAAACUCAUGCAGAUUCAGUACAGUUUAAAUGGACAUCAUGAGAUUGUACAGCCAGGAAGGGUCUUUCUGAAAGAGGGCACGCUGAUGAAGCUGUCCCGGAAGGUCAUGCAGCCACGAAUGUUUUUUCUGUUCAAUGAUGCCCUGUUGUAUACGACUCCAGUUCAGUCAGGGAUGUAUAAACUCAACAACAUGCUGUCAUUGGCUGGAAUGAAGGUUAAAAAGCCAACCCAGGAAGCAUAUCAGAAUGAGCUGAACAUUGAAAGUGUAGAGAGGUCCUUCAUUCUUUCAGCAAGUUCUGCUACAGAAAGAGAUGAGUGGUUAGAAGCUAUCUCCAAGUCAAUUGAAGAAUAUACAAAAAAGAGAAUCACAUUUAAUCCUAGCAAAAGUCUUGAAGAGACUGACCCAGAGAAACAAGAGGAAGAUAGUCCGCUGGGAUCAAAGGCUCCGAUCUGGAUCCCUGAUACUAGAGCCACUAUGUGUAUGAUGUGUACAAGUGAAUUCACGUUGACAUGGAGAAGGCAUCACUGCAGGGCAUGCGGAAAGAUUGUCUGUCAAGCUUGUUCAUCAAAUAAACAUGGUUUAGAUUAUAUGAAAAACCAGCCAGCAAGAGUAUGUGAUCAUUGCUACAGGGAGCUACAGAAACAAGAUAACCAGUGCACUCCUAAGAGCGGAUCCCCAGUCAACCAUAAAUCUCCAUCAAGUGCCUUGUCUACAGUAUUACAUAGUAUUCCCUCUGGAAGAAAGCAGAAAAAAAUUCCUGCAGCCCUCAAAGAAGUUUCAGCAAAUACAGAAGACUCUACAAUGAGUGGCUACCUACACAGAUCUAAGGGCAGUAAGAAACCAUGGAAACACCUAUGGUUUGUUAUAAAAAAUAAGGUGCUAUACACAUAUGCUGCUAGUGAGGAUGUGGCAGCAUUAGAGAGCCAGCCUUUACUUGGAUUCACAGUCAGUGAAGUAAAAGAUGAAAACUCAGAGUCUAGAGUGUUCCAUUUACUGCACAAAAACACUUUAUUUUACAUAUUCAAAGCAGAUGAUCCCCACUCAGCUCAAAAGUGGAUAGAAGCUUUUCAAGAAGGCACCAUAUUAUAG